GCCUUAUGCACGCUGCAGUUGCUUUCUGUUCGCAGAAAGUGGCAGCGUCGAGAGGUGGCUUGGAUUUUUCGGUUCCCAUUUUUUUCUGCUUUCUUUCUGUUCGAGGUUUUCACCCUACGUAUUCUUUUUUUAUUUAAUUCACUUAACAGCUGCAGUCAUCGAUGCCAUUAUUUUUGAAGACGUCUUCUCCUUGGCAGUGGAUUGACUUCCAUCUUCCUCCUUUACCUUCUAAGUUCAAGAAAACAAUCGGUCCUUCGCUUCUGCAUAUUUCUCAGCCUGUACCUCAUGCUUCGACCGGGCUGUUGUCGAACAAGUCGAGCCCAGAUGUUUUUCAUUAAUAUUAUUUAGCAGUACGGGACUUAUUUAUUUUUGGCCAGGGUGGGGGGUUAGGGAAGAAAAGAAGGACGAAGAGGAUUUAAAGCAUUUUUGGUGGAAGCCUUUGCAACGAAACAAGUGUGCGGUUUGCAAAAGUGAUGGCGGAGAGGGGAGCUCAUUUGCUCCUCUCGCUCACGUUUCUUCUUCUUUUGCUCUUCACUACCGCAGCCAAGAGCACCGAUAAAGGUUCUGUUGCAAGGCACUUCACCCCCUUUUGGUUCUUGGUGGAACCAGCUGAUAUAUUAGCAGUACGAGGCUCUCCUGCCGUGCUGAACUGUUCGGCGUAUAGUGACCUAGCACCUCGCGUGGAAUGGAAAAAGGAUGGCACUUUCUUGAAUCUGGCCUCUGAUGACCGACGACAGCUACUUCCAGAUGGCUCUUUGCUGCUCACCAGUGUGGUGCACUCCAAACACAAUAAGCCAGAUGAAGGUUACUACCAGUGUGUGGCAACAGUGGACUCCCUAGGCACCAUCAACAGCAGAGUUGCCCGCCUGACUGUUGCAGGUCUUCCGAGGUUCAACAGCCAACCAGAUACCCUUAUGGUAUAUCAGGGUGACAGUGUGGUUCUCAGCUGUGAUGUCAACCUUGACCUUGUUCCAUUCACACGAUGGGAACUGAACAAGGAGCCAUUGGACUUGGAUGAGAGAAUAAUAAGUCUUCCUUCUGGAGCUCUUGUCAUCAGCAAUGUCAAUGAGAGUGAUGCUGGGUUGUAUAGGUGCAUUGUGGAAAUUGCUGCAACAAUGAAAGCAAGUGAUGAGGCAAAAGUUGAAGUACUACCAGAAACUGGAAUGGCAAGGCAACUGCAAUUUCUUCGCCCUCCAGUGCCCUCUUCAAAAGUUCAGGGCCAGGAUAUGUUGAUGCUAUGUGUAGCAACAGGUUUUCCCCCACCCAGGAUUCAGUGGAUGUUUAAUGACAAGUUGAUAGAUAGCAGUGGCAACAGGUCCAAAUUAAUUGGUGGCGGAAGUCUUCUUAUCCUGAACAUCACUGAAGAGGAUACUGGCAUGUACACAUGUUUAGCAGGAAAUGAGAAUGACACUCUUCAAGCGUCCGCUGAGCUGAUGGUCCAAGUGCCUCCACAGUUUAUAAAGCGCCCGAAUAACAUCUAUGCUCAUGAAUCUAUGGACAUUGUGUUUGAGUGUGAAGUCAGUGGUGUUCCCUCUCCUUCUGUCAAGUGGGUCAAAAAUGGAGAUGCUGUUAUCCCCAGUGAUUACUUCAAAAUUAUUAACGAACAUAACUUGCAGGUUUUGGGUCUAGUGAAGUCAGAUGAAGGUUUUUACCAGUGUAUGGCUGAAAAUGAUGCAGGGAAUGUGCAAGCCAGUGCUCAGCUAAUUAUCUUGGAACAUGAUGUUGCCACUCCAACAACCCCUUCCACCCUACUGAUCAGUGCCACUAAUGACCAUGUAGCACAAGCAGCUGGCUCUGGACCAACGCCUUCAGCUCCUCGGGAUGUUGUGGCAUCACUGGUUUCAACUAGAUUCAUCAAAUUAACCUGGCGCCUACCAGCUGAACCCCAUGGUGACAACAUUACCUACACUGUGUACUACAAGCCAGAGGGCUCCAGCAGGGAACGGAUUGAGAAUACAAGUCGACCAGGAGAGCUUCAGGUCACAAUACAGAGUCUAAUGCCAGAAACAAAGUAUGUCUUUCGAGUUGUAGCACACAAUAAGAAUGGACUUGGAGAGUCUUCCACUCCUCUCAAAGUGGCCACACAACCUGAGGUUCAAGUCCCUGGACCUGCGCCCAACCUGCGUGCAUUUGCCACUUCCCCAACAUCCAUCACUGUGACCUGGGACAUGCCGCUGUCAGGCAAUGGAGAGAUUCAGAACUAUAAGCUGUAUUACAUGGAGAAAGGAAUGGGCAAUGAGCAGUUUGUUGAUGUUGGAGGUCUAUCUUAUACUAUAAAUGGGCUGAAGAAAUAUGCAGAAUAUAGUUUCCGAGUGGUGGCCCACAACAAGCAUGGUUUAGGAGUAUCUACAGAGGAUGUCGUGGCAAGGACAUUUUCAGAUGUGCCCAGUGCUGCUCCUCAGAAUUUAACACUGGAAGUGCGAAACUCCAAGAGCAUCAUGGUUCAGUGGCAGCAACCACCACCUGGCACUCAUAAUGGGCAAAUCACAGGCUACAAGAUCCGAUACCGAAAAGGCUUGAGGAAGAGCGAUACCACUGAAAGCACAGGGGGCAUCCAGCUAUUUCAGCUUAUAGAAGGUCUAGAGAGAGGAACAGAAUAUUCUUUUAGAGUGGCUGCCAUGACUGUGAAUGGCACAGGUCCAGUCACUGAAUGGGUAUCAGCAGAGACAUUUGAAAGCGACUUGGAUGAAUCUCGUGUCCCAGACAAACCUAGCUCUUUACAUGUACGGCCUUUGGUUACCAGCAUUGUGGUGAGCUGGACACCCCCAGAGAACCAGGACAUAGUUGUUCGAGGUUAUGCUAUUGGUUAUGGGAUUGGCAGCCCUCAUGCACAGACUAUCAAGGUGGACUACAAACAGCGAUAUUAUACAAUUGAGAAUUUGGAUCCCAGUUCCCAUUAUGUUAUUACACUUAAAGCCUUCAAUAACAUGGGUGAAGGAGAACCGGUUUAUGAGAGUGCAGUCACAAGACCUCUUUCAGACCCAUUAGACCCUGAAGUUGAUGUAUAUGACUAUUUCAAUGCUCCAUACACUCCAGUACCAGACCCCACCCCCAUGCUGCCACCUGUGGGAGUACAGGCCACUGUGCUAAGCCAUGACAACAUCAAGGUUACCUGGGCCGACAACUCCCUACCCAAGAAUCAGAAGAUUACUGAUGCUCGCUACUACACUGUGCGCUGGAAGACCAACAUCCCUGCUAACACGAAGUACAAGACUUCCAACACGACGAAUCUCGCCCAUAUGGUCACAGGACUGAAGCCCAACACUCUCUAUGAAUUUUCAGUAAUGGUGACUAAAGGACGCCGAUCCAGCACCUGGAGCAUGACAGCUCAUGGGACCACAUUUGAGACAAUUCCAAACUCCCCUCCAAAGGAUGUGACUGUUGUGAGUAAGGAAGGAAAGCCACGCAUAAUUAUCAUCAACUGGCAGCCUCCCUCUGAAGCAAAUGGAAAAAUCACAGGUUAUAUCAUCUAUUACAGCACAGAUGUGAAUGCUGAAGUGCAUGACUGGGUCAUAGAGCCUGUGGUGGGGAACAGACUGACACACCAGAUCCAAGAUUUAACACUUGAUACUCCAUACUACUUUAAAAUCCAGGCCCGCAAUUCAAAAGGAAUGGGGCCUAUGUCAGAGGCCGUUCAGUUCAGAACUCCUAAAGCUGAAUCUUCUGACAAAAUGCCUAAUGACCAAGCUUCAGGGUCUUCAGUGAAACCUGGAGGACGACACUCAGGCGAUGACUUUGCAACAUCAGUUGGGAAGCCCAGCCUUUCUGGAAACCCAACUUCAAUGGGAGAGAACAACAUUCCAAUGAUAGUGAUUGUAAUUGUGUCAGUCGGUGCUUUCACAAUCAUUGUGGUAGUGGUUGUGGCUGUCAUAUGCACAUAUCGCACAACUUCCAAACAGAAAAAGAAAAGAGCAGCCUGUAAGUCCACAAAUGGUUCUCACAAAUACAAAGCCAGUUCAAAAGAUCUGAAACCUCCUGAUCUGUGGAUUCACCAUGAACGGCUGGAGCUGAAACCCAUUGACAAAUCUCCUGAGCCAAACCCGGUUAUGACUGACACGCCAAUCCCUCGCACCUCUCAGGAUAUCACACCUGUGGAUAGCAGCCUAGAAAACAGUAUUCAUCAGCGAAGAAACUCUUAUCGAGGGCACGAAUCAGAGGACAGCAUAUCGGCAUUAGCUGGGCGGAGGGGAAUGAGACCCAAAAUGAUGAUGCCUUUUGAUGCUCAGCCCCCACAGCCUGUAAUUAGUGCUCAUCCCAUUCAUUCUCUUGAAAAACCUCAUCACCAUUAUCACUCCAGCAGUUUGGCAUCACCAACUCGUAGCUGUCUUCAUCAUUCCAUCAGCCCACGGCCUCUCAACAAUUCCAUCUGUCAUAUAGACAGGGUCAACUCAUCAGAAUCGGUGAGGAACACACCCAGCACCGAGCCUUUGUCCAUUCCUGGUCAGUCAAUAUGCAGUGUGGAACACCCUGAUCCUGAUACUGGGCCGGGUUUUCUGAGUACUAGUUCUGAGGAGGAAACAAACCGUAAUCCUCCUACUGCACAUGUACGUCCUUCCCACCCGCUUAAGAGCUUUGCAGUACCAAAUUCUAGUGGAACUUCAUUUGAGUCUCCUGUUCUGCCAAGCACCCCUUUGUUGGCACAGGCAGGAACAGCUCCUCAACUGCAUUCAGUAAAAACUGCAUCCAUUGGGACUCUUGGAAGAACACGAUCUCCAAUGCCGGUCACAGUUCCUAGUGCUCCUGACAUCCCUGAAACUAGCAAAAUGUUGGAAGAAGUCGAGAGUAAUUACGAGCCGGAUGAGCUGACGGAGGAAAUGGCCCACCUGGAGGGACUGAUGAAGGAUCUGAAUGCCAUCACAACAGCUUGAGUGUGGCAUGUGCUGUAGAAGGAAAUUUGUCAAAUGUCACAACACACAGGAUUAAUAAAAGACAAAACUACAUAAAAAAAUAAAAAUAACCUCUUGGCCUUGCCCUACGUCUCUCAGGGAGAUGGAGAGACGAUAUUAAAAGAGAUGGCUUGCAUUUUGUUGUUGUAUUUUUUUUAAGAAGAGAUGAAAAAAGCUGGUGAUAGUAAAAGAAAAAAAAAACAUUAAAAGCAAAGGGUUGUUUUAUCUUUGUUUACCAUGAAAACUGUGUUUGGACACAUGCCAUUUUGUAAUUCUAAGAAGAUUUUUUUUUUCUUUUUUCCCAGUGCUUUUAGCGCUGAUCUACAGUGUUUGGACAUUUUGCAUUAGUGUGUCUCUUUACUUGUGUCCUUUUUAUUUGUAUUUCUUUUAAACUGAACACCUGAAGUAGCCCCUUUUUGUUACUUUUUGUAGCUGGGUCAUCAUGUAUAGUAGUAUCUGGAGCAAAUUAUGUGCCUGUUAUGUUUUUACUUUUUUGCAUUAUAUAUUGUGCCAUGUUGCUAUUAUUUUUUAUUACUUUUAUAUACAUAGAAUAUAAAUAUAUAUAAACUGCCUCAGUCUUUUUACAUUUAUGUGAUGUUGUUUGGAUCCAGGAUUGACUUGUCUUGUUUUUACAAUGCGUCUUCUCAGCCAGGGUCCAUCAUCAUUUUUAUAUCAUGUUUUCCUUGUUUUAUCUCUAAGAAAAUUACAAUUCUUAUAGUUUCUUUAUUUCUAAAUUUAUGGUGGGAGUUCCCCUUCUUAGUGACGGCCUUGUGAUGACUUUUUGUUGUGGUCCCCUUUUUUCAUUGCUCUGUAUGGAAACCACGUAAACCACCUACCUUUUGGCAUCUUUGUCAGUUUCCUUUUCCACAAGUCGGCCCAUAGUGUAGCAUUUAUUGAACAAUGGAGUAAGAGCGUUUCCAUUUACAGAUUCAGCAAAACAUAACUGACUUUAUUUUAGGUUGUUAUCCUUAUUGGCAUUUCUAACCCAUAGCAGCAUAUCUUGUAUACUCUACAAAAUAUUGUAAUCAUGACACUGAUUUUUAAUUAGCAAGAUAACCUCCAAUUAUCUGUGUGCGAUCAAAUGUAUACAGUGUAUGUGAUAUGUGAGUGUGUGUGUGCGUGCAUCUCUCUUUCUGUGUAUGCACACAUUCCAUUAUCUAACACUGCCUAAGACACCUGAAGAUGAAAACAUCAGGCGAUGCAAAAUACAUGGGGGGCAGAAAUACUCCAUCUCAAAUUAUUACAAAAGAAACAAUUUUACUACUCCUUUUUUAGUAGUUACAUUUGGAAUAUCUUCAUCUGUAGUGGCAAUUCACCUUAAGCGUUUAAAUUAUCAAAACUACACGUUUUAGUUGUUCUUGCUUUCAAAAAUUCACAAGGAAAUACAACCAAAAUGCACAUUUUUAAAUUGAAGGCAGCCCUUGUAACUUACUGAGAAGAUGGCAGCUUAGGCUCCUUAGUAUCUCACAUAUUUGCACUAACUUGAGUCCGUUACUCUUGUAUUGUAGCUAAACUCUGUUGCCAUGCUGUUUGACGUCUUACAACCAGUUCUUCAGAUACAGCCAUCGAACUUGUACUAUGAUCUAGGUGAUAACGUCAAUCGUGUUUGGAAAAUUGAAGGUUGCACAUCAUAUAUGUGUACGUAUAUGCACAUCAAGAUGUACUGCAUUUACAGUAUGUAUGUGCAUAUUACAUAUUCUGAAAAUGCAUUCAAAGGGAGAAUUCACCAUUCCAUCAGCACUCUGUGUUCCUAGUCAGUAACUUCAGUUAAUAAUCAAACUGUAAUGAUUUUAAUACAAACUUAUUUGUGUAUUGUAAAACAAGAAUGCCUACGCGUAAAUGUCAUUUGGAAAUUAAGGUGCUAACUCAAUCCCUCUGAAUGAGGUUAAACACUUCAGUUAGAAAAAUAUACAUUUUGGCUGGAAUACAUUUUUUACCAUGCCAUUUAUUAUAUAUCCUUAUGCAAAGAAGGCUUCACCUUACAGACAUUAGGGCUGGGGUUUUUGCCAGUAGUUAAGUAAAGAUCACUUCUCUGUCUCUGUGUAAACUAACUUUAAGCCGUAAGACUCAGUUGCCUCAGUCAGCUCCCCAGCACUUGACUCCUAGUCAGGGUUCAAAGUCUGAUAAAUGUGGUGGUCACACUUGUCACGUGUAAGCCUUCAACAUGCCAUCACUUGAACGAGAUAAAAGAAUUUUGUAAUAUAUUUUUAACCACAAAGUUGAAUGUAAGCGAAAUUAGCAUUUUGUAUUUUUGAGAUUCUGGCAAGAAAACAGGGUCCAUUGUUAUUGUACCUGAAUGUUAAGAUUAUAUUAGUUUACAUUUUCAUUUAGUAGCAUAAGCUUUAAUUCUACAUUAGCGUCUUUAGCUGUUGAUGCCUAUUAGCCAACACUUUGACUCCUUCAGGAUUUGUAUGUGUACAACCUUUAUAUGUCCCCUCAGCUGUAUAUAUGACACUGAAAUGUGUAGAUUUUUACAAAAUGAGGAUCCCCUUUUGCGCUUGUACAGGCAAUAAUGUUUGUGUUCUCUUAAUAGGGUGCCAAGUCAGCCCUUUUAUUAUAUAGACAUAGUUUAUCUCCCACUACCCUUUAAGUAAAUGGAUGGCUGCAGGUAGAUAACUAUGUGUAUGAUAUGAAUAUCAGUUGCUUUUUUAUAUUUAAUAAAAAAUAAAAUUGCUUUCUUUGCAUGGCAAAUUUUAAGUGCCAUGAUAAUUUUGGGUGUAGACGACAAUGCUGAGAUGAUGCUGAACUGCGCUUUGGAUAAUAAUUUCAUUACCUCAGUGUCUCGCAAAACACGCAUUUUGGCAAACAGGUUACAGCGUCAAGUAGAGCAAGUUAGACAUGUACAUGACAUUAUCAAAGUAUUUUAAGCAAGGCAGACCAUAAGAGUAGUGAAAAGUACUUAUUUAAGAACCAUAUCAUUCUCAAACGUCACUUUAUCUAAGGAUUACUAUCAUUUUGCAUUACGUAAAAUUAUCAAUACAAACACAUUUCUCUACCAUUUUUGUCACUUCUGAUUUCUUGCACUCACUUGCAGUAUUUUAUGGGGAAGAAGCUGCCUCAGAUUUUUGAUUCUCCAAUUUGGGCUUGGGAAGUCAAAAAUCUGCAGGUCUCCAGCAUUGAAUCAAAGAAACAUCAAUAAAAUGUCUUACUAGCUCUGAAAGACACAGGUGUGCAAACCAUUGAUCUGUCAUCCCUGUAUGAUUUAUAUUUGCUAAUUCAUUGCUGAAUCACCCCUAAAUGAAUUGUCACUUAAUUUUGUUUCUAAAGAAUAAAUCUUCUUCUUCUUAACCUUGGGAUACAAGUGAUAUUUAAGUACAGAACCAUGAAAAGACACACAAGGUGAGACUUUAGAAGGGACUCCCAAGCAGUGGUACACUGUCAGCUUGUGGCUUUACAUAUGAAGAAGCUAAAUAAUUCUGUCGACAAUUUCACCAGUGGGGGGAAAAAAUGAAACAAAAGUGAACGUGAUAUUCUUUUUCUCUGCAGCCCUGUUACCCAAAGAAUUCCAUUACUGUAACUGUAGUACUGGUUAUUAUUUUGUGAAUAUCACUUUUGUUACAAUGUAUGCCCAUCUGAAUGAUAAUAGAACUAUGUAUGUAAAACCUUUUAAUUAUGAGUAUUUCAGUUAAUGAAAGAUUGUUAGAAAGAAAACAUCUGUUAUGUUGUAAACAACUGAGACUUGUAAUGCACUUUUGUCACAAUUUUUCAGAAUACAUUUCUUACAUAUACAGUGUUUAUAAAUUUAAAGUUAUGUUUUUUUGUACCGGUAGCUUUCUACUUUAGAAACUGGCAGCUGUUUUUUUUUUUUUUUUGUUUUCCUUUUGCUCUAUUUUUAAACAGUUUUGGUUUUAAAAUAAUACAAUUUUGUUUCUCGUCCUUAGUGUGGGCUUGCACUUUGCUGUUCUGUUUGUGUACCUUCAUUUUGCACUUUGUAAAAUAUUCUCGCCUUGUCUCCUUCCUGGUAAUGAACAACAGAAAUGCAUUUACACUUGAAAUUUUGGACAUGCUUGUCAAUUCACUGCCCUUUGACCUUUCCCCUCAUUCACACUGUGGCUUCCAUUGGGGUAAUUAAGGUCAAAUUCUAGUCCUGACAUUGGCAUCCUUCAGUUUCUUUUUAUAGUGCUGGAAGCUUCCAGAAAUAAACUCCACUUUUGUUUUUAA